GCUGUGCGUGCGUGCGUGCGUGCGUGUAAGAGAGGGAGUGUGUCUGUGUGUGCGCGCGCGUGUGUGUUUGUGUGUGUUUGCGGUGAGGUCAUGGUGUUUUCAGCCGCCGAGCUGCCAAACACACGUUAUUAAUCUCUGAUCGGUAGCCGCGCGCGUGUGGAGAGUGCGGAGAUCGAGGCAGACGGUGGGGUAGAGGAAGCCCUGCGCUGUCGGUUCACAGCAGAUUCACUGUUUCUAGGUCCCCAGACAUUUGCACUGUAUGAAUGCUCAGACAUCAGUUUGCCUGGACUUCAUCAUGAACAAAAACAAAAGGGAAAAAGAAUUCUACAGUAUAGACGUAGGGGACUCGACGUUCACCGUUUUGAAACGCUAUCAGAAUCUAAGACCAGUGGGCUCAGGAGCGCAGGGAAUAGUCUGUUCAGCAUAUGACCACCACCUUGAAAGAAAUGUGGCCAUUAAGAAACUUAGCCGACCUUUUCAGAAUCAGACACACGCCAAGCGAGCGUACAGAGAGCUGGUGCUAAUGAAGUGUGUAAACCACAAAAAUAUUAUUGGCCUAUUAAAUGUUUUUACGCCACAAAAAACAUUAGAAGAAUUCCAAGAUGUUUACCUAGUAAUGGAGCUGAUGGAUGCCAACCUCUGCCAAGUCAUUCAGAUGGAGCUGGACCACGAGCGGCUGUCCUAUCUGCUGUACCAGAUGCUGUGUGGAAUUAAACACCUCCACGCUGCGGGGAUCAUCCACAGGGACCUGAAACCCAGUAACAUUGUAGUCAAGUCUGACUGUACCCUAAAGAUCCUGGACUUUGGCUUGGCCAGGACAGCGGCCACCGGUUUGCUGAUGACACCGUAUGUGGUGACACGUUACUACAGAGCCCCUGAAGUCAUCCUGGGAAUGGGAUAUCAAGCCAAUGUUGAUGUCUGGUCUGUUGGCUGUAUCAUGGCUGAAAUGGUCAGAGGUAGUGUGUUGUUUCCAGGCACUGAUCAUAUUGAUCAGUGGAACAAAGUCAUCGAGCAGCUGGGGACCCCAACCCAGGAGUUCCUGAUGAAACUCAACCAGUCUGUUAGGACGUAUGUAGAAAACCGGCCCCGCUAUGCUGGAUACAGUUUUGAAAAGCUCUUCCCUGAUGUUCUCUUCCCUGCAGAUUCAGAACACAAUAAACUGAAAGCAAGCCAAGCUCGAGACCUGCUUUCAAAGAUGCUGGUAAUAGACGCUUCCAAGCGCAUCUCUGUAGAUGAAGCCCUUCAGCAUCCCUACAUUAAUGUGUGGUAUGACCCAGCUGAGGUAGAAGCGCCUCCUCCAGUAUUCACAGACAAGCAGUUGGAAGAGAGGGAACAUACUGUGGAGGAGUGGAAAGACCUGAUUUAUAAAGAAGUGCUGGACUGGGAGGACAGGAUGAAGAAUGGAGUGAUUCGAGGUCAGCCACCUCCUCUAGUAAAGCAGGUUCAGACACAAGCAGGUGCAGCAGCAGCCGGAGGGGUGUUUAACUGCAGUGCCGCAGUAGUGAAUGGAUCCCCCCAGCCUUCCUCCUCCUCCUCCAUCAACGAUGUGUCCUCCAUGUCUACAGAGCCCACCAUGGCUUCGGACACGGACAGCAGCCUAGAGGCUUCCGCCGGACCCCUGAGCUGCUGCAGAUGACUAUCGCCCUCCCCUGGAGCGUCUAUGUGUGUGGCGUGGUAUCAGAUUUAGGCCAAUCAGAUUGAUUUAUUUUUAAUGCCAAGUGUGAUAUGAUUUGCUACCCAUUUACUAAAUGGUGCAAAACCUUUUUUUUUUCUUUUUUCUUUUCUUUUUUUGGUUUAGUCCUAAUAAUUUCAGCAUAAGCUCCACCAAACCCCAGCUACUGAAUGCGUUGAGUUGAGUACCUUCGGUGUGCUCACUCAAUUCUCUUUUUAUAAGCUCACAUAAAGUAAAGCCUUUUGGCAAGUUGUUGUAGAAGGAUUAUCUGUAAAGACUGAAGUGUGAAUUUAUUUAUUAUUUAUCAUUAUUUAUAUUUUUGUCAUGUUUUUAGCUUUUUGUUAAUUUGUGAGCCGUUUGAGUGGAAAUAUCUAGAAACGAGCGUUACGUUAGUACGGUAUUUUGAACAUUUCAGAUACAGAUGUAAAAAUAUGAAAUAGUGUAUAAAUUGAUAUCAGUGUAGUAUAGUAUAUUACAUUUUUUUGUUGUAAUAGUUUUACCUGCAAAACCCUGUCCCAGAUGGCUGGUUGGUGUUUUCCAUGAUUCAUGCCCAGAACACUCAUUAUUUUUGACGUGUACAGUUUUGUUACAGCAAAUAAUCAUGAGCAUAACAUCACAAAUGUUUUAUAUAUAUAUUGGGUAUUUUAUUAGGCAACAUAUGUUGUUAGCUUUUGCUGCUGGUGACAUCAUUUUAUUUAUUUAUUUAUUUUUAAGUGACUGACUGUGACAAAAAAAAAAAAAAUAUCUCAGAUAGAUUGUAACUUCUAGCAUUUCAUCAUCACAUCUAUUAGGUUCCCCUAAAGAUGGAUUUUAGCUUUAUUUCAAAUGAUUCAUUAGUAAUUGCGGAGCUGUAGAAACGAUUACAUACUUUAGCUACACCCGUGAUUUUAGUUUUAACUAGUUGUAACUCAUAUAAAUGCCAGAUUCCGGUGGGUUUGUGCACACUGAAGAGUAGUAUCCUGAGAUUUUGAGUAAUCCAAUGUUAUCCUGCAUGGAGAGUGGCCUCUUCUCGAAUCAAGAACAAAUGCAUUCUCGUUUUUGUAUGCAAAGUGCUAAUCGAUUCUACACUGGUUCACAACAACUAAUUGUUUAUUUUUGUGAAAUGAACCAAAAUCGAAAAGAAUUUAUUUCCAUAUUCUUUAAAGGUGUUUUUAUUUAUAUUUUUAUCAGGUAAGAAAAGUUUGUAAUGGCAGGUACUGUAAAUAAAUUCUAAUCGUAUGGUGUUAAGUGUGUAGGCUGGAUUUACAGUACAGUAAUUGGUGAAUGUUUGGGCUACAAUGUUUAUUUUUUUGUCUUUUCAGAGCAGUGUUUUAAGUGUGAGCUGAUGAGUUAGGUUAUGAAAUAAUAAAAAAGGAUGAAUGGCUGUUAAUGUAUUGGAAACUGAAGGUUUUUAGGAAGUUAUUUAGAAAUAGGAAAAACCCUCAAGCACAUUAAAUUUUUUGUCAUUUCUGAUUUUAAGUGCUCUUAAUAGCGACCUUCACCAUGAUCCUAAACAAUCCUUUGAGAAUUGAUAGCUGCUCUUGUUUUAACCAGACUUAUGAUAAAUUAAAUUCAAAUCUAAUUUAGUUACCAUUGCAUUACAGUAGACAGUGAAUGCAACAGCAUGAGCUUCAUUAGAGUUCAACUACCUCACGCUUAACUCCUUAUUUAAUGCACAUUUCAGUCCACAUUUUAGGAGCAGUAUCACAGUAUGUUUUUUUUUAUUUAUUUAUUGGUUUGUUAUUUAUUUGAUAUAGCUUUAUUGUUGCAAUGAAGCUUGUGAUCUAGUGUCAUCUAGAUCUAAUGUUGAUCUGAAAUAAUUGUAAGAAUGUGUUUUAUGAAACGUUUGUUUAUUUUGUGUUUGUGCAGAAUACUUUCUGUACUUAUUUUAUUUAGUCACUUUUUAUGUUUUAGUUCAUAUGCAAUAUUAUUUUAAAGCUUUUUCCUGGAAAUAAUGUGAUUUUUCCUGUCAUUUCAGUUUUUUAAUCCCCUCUUUUUCUGAGAUUGUUAAAGCCUGAAGGAGCUGUGUGUCAUAUGAAUGAAACCUAUACCAGUACCUUUACCACUUACUUACUUUCCUGAUAAUCCAGUCUAAACCUUGAGCUGAUGACUCCGCCCACUUGCUCACGCUUUUGCGUUUCUGUGUAUAUGCUUGUAUGAAAACACAACAACCUUUGUUCCUGGAUAAGACUGGAUAGGAGCAAGAUUAGCACCUGUAACUGACAUGAUAAUGUUCAUAUAACGAUGGACACGCCCACUGUUAUCAUUAAACAAUAUAAAACAUGCAACACUUUCACGUAACUCCUUUAUCUGUUCAUGCAGUCAGAGAGAAAAAGGUUUAUCAUCAGUGGGUGAUGGGUUCCCUGCAAAUGUCCUCAGAAGCUCUGUACAUGAAUUAUAAAGGUCAUGUGAACUUGGUGGCUUUGUAAAGCUCCACUGAUGCAGUUGUAUGUAAAGGUCGGCACAGAGCACCAUGCCAUCCCAGUGCUCUGCAGUUUAACAGUGUUGUAACCACUGAAAAUAAAAGGUCAAAUUUGGUAA